CAUGCACCAAAGCCCUUGUUAACCGACUUCCACCGUGUUCUCCUAUGAGUAACAAAAUGGACUCUCCAGACGCGGAAAAUAAGGAUUCUACUGGGAAGGAGCUACCUCAGAACACUUCCACUCAAUCCACCACGCGCAAGGAACCGCAAAGCCGCUCAAGUAUGUGGCCACUUCCCUCUAUUUCGGUGACUCGGCACCCCUCUGGAAAGUUUUCACCACAGACCGACGAGCGCUGCUUUUCGUACUGUUCUCAGACUACCCGCGGACGGACUGAAGGCCGUGAACCGACGUGUCGCUCGGUGUGCUUCCGCAGAGUCUUUGCUCAUGAAGUCAGAACGGCGAUCGCCCAUGAUGAUGCGCUAAAGGAGAAAGCCGCUCAAAAAGAUUACGGUUUCCCCCUUCCACCUGAGGGCCAGCCUAAUGUAGAUAGCUUAUCAUCGUCCAAGUCUGAUGACAUACGGUAUUGGGAGGAGGGCUGGUACCUCUGGACGAGUAGGAGUCGAUGGGCAACGCAGGAGAGAUUGGACCUCAUGAUGUGGGACCUGGACCACCAGGAUCAUUGGCAGCGCCACAAGGACGAGGUGCAGAAGCAGUGGGAGGAUUAUUGGGCAGAGCAUCAGAGACAGUCAGGGGAACAGUUUCACGGCACGCCUACAGCUGGAGACAACAUCCAGCUCGAGGGCACGCCAUAUCCAGUCGAUGGGCAGAUGUUCCCUAAGCAGGAGGCCAGGCAUCCAUGGCAAGAGUCUACUUUAGUUAAACUACCUCCUCCCCUCACUCCCCUGUUGGAACCAAUCCACGACCUUCUUUCACCAUCCUUCAAGGUUUUGACCACUUUACAACGUAGUUUUGAAUCGGGCGCUCAUGCUGAACUGGCUGUCCGCAUGUGGGAAAAGGCAAGGACGCCCGAUCCCUUUGUCCUCGCGAGCACGGUAUGCAGGAAGAUGUGGGAGAAAUGGAAGGAAGGGCCUCCAGACUCUGACACCACUUCAGACCUUUGAUAAUUUUGCCUACAGUGUUAUACCACCCAUAGAAUACUACUCCGAUUACUCACUAUAAAUUUUUUUGGUCAUACAUCUAUGUAUUUUCGACGCGUUACCCGGAUGUGCCACAGUUAGUUCCCCACGAACAAAAAGUAUUUGACUAGAGUGAGAUUCGAACUCACGCCCUUUCGGACUGGAU